GAGAUAUCGAAUGUCAAACCAAAUUGAGCAUUGGCAUUACGAUCAGGUCUCGUGCAGCUGCGCUCCGAAUUGAUGAUUACUUGGGUGCUGCCAGGUGUGGGCAUGUGGGCAGGAUUAAACCCACAGAAAUCACAGUUUUGUAUUUUUCAUCCUUAAUGUUGUUCUGGAGGCAGCUCUACAGACUGGUCACUUGCUGGCACAGCCACAAAGUUCUAAAAUCUGAUUUUGAACCCAUCCCUAACCUUAAUAACACUGCUAACCCUAAUACCUAGCCCUAACCUUACAUUAAGACCAUAAAUGGCAAAGGUUUUCUUUACAGCUGGCCUAUCUAAUGGGAAAUCAAUCAGUUAUGCCUCCAAGACAAGACUUAUAACAAUAAACAUCAACCUGCACAGAACUGUUACGGUAACCUUCAUUCCAUAACAUACCGUUUUUUCCUAUCAUCUCACAAAUCACUGUUUGAGAGACAGAGUAGCAGGGCAAAGGGUAAAAAAAAGUAGAUUUACAGACAGAUUUGACUCCAACUCCCGGAGUGCCUCACUCAGAGCUACCGUGCCAGUGACCCCAGUUUCCCAGCCAAAAAAUGAUGAAAUGUGUUGAAAUCUCUCCACUGUGUUUCCUCAUUCUGUCUCUAAUUUCCUUGUAUGUAUUUUGGCCUCAGCCGGACGUAGUAGAUGUACAUUUUAUCGAGAGAUGGACCUAUGGCCCUGUCAUGGUUUGUAGGAGUGAGGAGCUAUGCAGUGUUGAAUGCAGAACUGCUCUUUGCAGGAGCAGAAGGAGGACCUCCGGAAGCGUCUGUCCUACACCACCCACAAGCUGGAGCUGCUAGAGAGCGAGUUUGACUCCACCCGACAGUACCUGGAGACAGAGCUACGCCGCGCCCAGGAGGAACUCGACAAGUUCACAGACAAACUACGCAGAAUACAAAGCAGCUACUCAGCACUGCAGAGGAUCAACCAGGAUCUGGAGGAUAAGAUCCAUAGAAAUUCUCAGCACCAUGACGACGAGAAGAGAGCCCUGAGCAGAGAGAUCAUCGUGCUCAACAACCACCUGAUGGAGGCCAAGCUGACCAUUGAGAAACUGAGGGAGGACAAUGAUCUGUACAGGAAGGACUGUAACCUGGCUGCCCAGCUGCUCCAGUGCAACAAGUCCCACUACAGGACCCAGCUUUCUGAGUGUCUCUCUCUCUCUCUCUCUCUCUCUAUUUCUCAGUUGCCUGCUGAAUUCCAGGAACGCGUGACCAUGCACAUGGAGGGCACACCUCUUUGCCACACUGCCUAUGCCGAUUCCGUCCCUGCCUCCGUCAUCGCCAAGGUGCUGGAGAAGCCCGACGAGGCCUGCAGCGGCAGCCAAGCCUCUAGCUCGCCUAGCCCCCAACCCCAGGACCAAGGCUUUCUCCUGGACACCCUGGACAGAGGUGAGCGCCUUGGCCUCCGGGCAGCAUACAAGUCAGACCUGUACAGCAGCGACACAGCUCUGUACUGCCCGGUCGAUCAGAACCGUGAGCGCAGGCCAAGCAUGGACCUCCAUGGCCAGAGAAAGCUGCUCUACGGGCCCCAGAACUCCACAGAUAGUAACCCAGAGGAGGGUCCCUUGUUGGGGCUGAGGUCUGGCUUCUCCCAGGAGUGCUUUGCUAAGUUCCCCACCUCUCUGGGCCCCACCUCAGGCAGCUCCUACUCCAGCUUCAGCGGAGGGGGCUCGGACGACAACAAGGGCAACGGCCCACCAAGCAGCACGGCCUCCUCUCCCCACCACCACUCCCUCUACAUGGACUGGAGGAAUGGGGGAGACUAUGAGAGGAAGAGUGACUCCUCCUGGGAGAGGGACAGUCCCGGCGGGGGCGGCUUCGCCAAGGUCCACGCUGUCUUCCAGCAGGCCGGCGGAGCACACCACCAGAACGGCAGCUCGCCUGUCUACAGCCGCACCAUGUCCUCGUGCUUCAGCGAGCCCUACGAACCCCUCCCUCCUUCCUCCUCACCAAGCGUUGUCUAUGGAGACAGCCGCCGGGGCAGCACACUGGCGCCCGAGGAGGAGGAGCUGAUUGGUCGCUGGAGGCAGCUGAGUGUGGAGGACCUAAGCGCCCACUCGUACCACUCGCCCGGCCGGGCCUCGCCCUACAGCUUCUCCGAGCAGCACUUCUCCGUUCGGCCCGCCAAGAUCCGCCUGGGACCCCUCUACAGCAGCUUCCAGGAAGGGGCAGACUUCUACCACCAGGCAGGGGUAGGACCCAUCAUGGAAACCCCAGUGUGCUUCUCCACGCCCAGCCCCCAGUGUAGCCCUGUGGGGGGACUCCGUCAGUCCCAUCCGUCCCACAGCCAGCAGGCCCACCAGACCCAUCUCUACCGGGGAAAGGAGGACAGCCAGGAGUCAGAGCACAGCCUCUACCACUCAGCAAGCUCCAAUGACAGGGAGGGCAGUGUCGGUGUAGCAGGGGCUGGGGUAGGAGGUGGAGGGCAGAACAAGGAGUACGAGGACGUCAGCCCAAACAGCUCCACUGAGUCCCUAAACCAGAGGUCCCUGGAGAUGGCUGCCGAGCUGCAGCAGCACUACCAGACCGAGAUGCAGCAUCCAUCGCCCCCCCAGGGCAGUCCACCACCGCCCCCGCUACCACCUUGUCCCCCUCCCCCGCAAUACCAAACAUUUGGCACGUUAGGACUCUCCAGAAAGGACAGUCUCACCAAAGCCCAGCUGUAUGGAACACUUCUGAACUGAGAGAAGAAGGGAUUCUCAUCCUCUGACUUACUGUUCUUUCUCUUUCUUCAUCUCUUUCCCUGGUGGGAUGUGAGGUGAGAGGUCUUGGUAGAUCCAGCAAAACACAUUGAUUAGUGUGAGUCUAGCCGUUCAGCUGAAGGACAUUUGUUUUGAUGGGACAUUUGGACGAUACAGUAGGUUAAGCAUGAAUUCAUCAGAUUGUUGCCACAGCUGUGAAAAACGGACAAAAGUGUGGUUCGCAUCACUACAAUGAACGUGUAAGAUUGUCUGGGUCAGGUGAAUUGACCAUUUAUUACUGUGCCAAAUGAGUGAGGAAUAUAGGAAAAGACUCUGCUACCUUUGGUACAUUUGGUACAUCAAAUAGUUUUUGGAGGUACCAGAGACCACAGUUGCUCCAUGUGGAUGAAGGAAGUAUUUAAAGUAACUGUUGAAAUAUAUAAAUAUAUUUAAUUACAACUACAACAACUGAGUGUUCAAAGACAUAUUUUGUUUGUAGUUGCAUUCAAAAGAAAAUAUAAAACUGAUGAUUGUAAAGAAAUGACUACAAUUCAAUCAGAUGUGGACACCAACACAUUGUAAAUAUGUCUGGUUAUUAAGAGCAUCUGCAAAUCAAAGAGAGAUAGUUGGAAUGUUAGAGAAGACUGUCAAAAUUGCACAUUAAGAUUUCUUUGUCAAUCACAGGCUGAAUACUGAAUACUGUGCUGCAUUUCUGCAGAGUAAAAUAUGUAUGACAAUGGGGCAUGGGUUAAAGUUGCAGCACUAAGAGAUGUUUUUAACUCAAAAAUAGAGAUGCCCCUCGCCUAAACCCGUUUGAGUGCAGCUCCAUUGAUUCGUUCAGUUUUUGCUUUGACACCAUUUUGAAAUAUCCAGAGCGUUUAAAGAGACCGUUCGAAGUAUGUAUCAUUUUGCUACUGAUGGACUUCUUUUGAGAUGUAAACAUUUGUCUUACCCGUUGAUGUUAUUUUUGCUCUAUAACCCUUGGAGACAUUUUCCUGUCCCACUCUACCUCAGAUGCCCACACCCCAAUCAAGCAACCACAAAUCUGUUUCUAUCACACAAUGAUGCAUGUUUCUAUAUUUCUGUUGUGUUUCAUUUAACCUAAUAAAGCACAAACUACACAUGUC